UUUAUCCAUGAUUAAAUUAACAAUUAAGAAUUCUUUCAAUACAAUUACUCGGAUUUCUUUUAUACGAACAAUUAUGACUACUGCUAAACCAAAAGUUUUAAGAAUCGGAUCUAUUGAAUUUGCUCAUAAAAAAUGGGAAGAACUUUCCCAAAUUGCCGAAGUUAUUGAAUGUAAAUCCAAAGAUAGAGAAGAAUUUAUAAAUGAUUUGAAAUCUAAAUAUAGUGAGAUUACAUCAAUUACUAGAACAUUUGCCAGUGUUUCACAAACUGGUAGAUUUGAUAAGGAACUUGCUGGACAUUUACCAGAAUCAGUUAAAUCUCUCAGUCAUUGUGGUGCAGGAUACGAUCAAAUUGAUGUUCAACCAUAUACCGAUAAGGGGAUCCAAGUCUCCAACGUUACAGUUCCCGUCGAGGGACCUACUGCCACUACUGCUGUUUAUUUGGCCUUAGCUGCUACAAGAAACUUUCAAAUAGGUCAUGAUUUGACUGUAAAGGGUGAAUGGCCCAGAGGUGGAAAAUGUGCUGGUGCACCAAUUGGUUAUGAUGCUGAGGGUAAAACCCUUGGGAUUUUAGGAUUAGGUGGUAUUGGUCGUGCCAUUCUUUCCAGAAUGAAGCCAUUUGGUUAUGAAAAGGUCAUUUACCAUAACCGUUCUCGUUUAUCUCCAGAAUUAGAAAAUGGUGCUGAAUAUACUAAAUUCGAUGAUUUCUUGAGUCAAUCUGAUGUGAUUAUGGUUAGUAUUCCAUUGAAUCCAAACACUGAAAACCUCAUCAACAAGGAAACUAUCUCCAAGAUGAAGGAUGGUGUUGUCAUUAUCAAUACUGCAAGAGGUGCCAUUAUCAACGAAAAGGAUUUAUACCAAGCUUUAAAGGAUAAUAAGAUCAGAGCCUUUGGAUCUGACGUGUUUGCUCGUGAACCAGAAGUUGCUCAAGAACUCUUGGAUUUACCAAAUGUGGUGUCUUUACCACAUAUGGGUACUCAUACUUAUGAAGCUAUACAAAAUAUGGAAGAAUGGGUUAUCAGCAAUGUCACUGAAUUUCUUCAGACUGGUAAAGUUAAGACCAUUGUUCCGGAACAGGAUAUUUCUGAAUUGGCAGUUAAGCCAAUUGUAUCUAAAUAAAUUUAUUUAUAAGUGA